CUUCGCCGCAAAGCAAGACAUCACGUUAUGACGCCGAACACCACCCAACUACUCCCCUACUCCGACGACCCCAUGGACACUGCUCAAAGCCCACAUGAUUGGGGCAGCGCGACCAGUCCUGAAUCCCCCAAUUUCCACUCGGAUAACGACCAUGACGACAACAGUAGCACCAGUCUGACCACGAAGAAGAAAAAGUCGACGUACUGCAAGCAAUACUACGAGCGGAAUCGUGCCAAACGCAUCCAGCAAAGCAAAGAGUACCAGCGGCGUAAUCGCGACAAAGUUCAAGCGUAUCGCGAGCAAAACAGAGAUAAGGAGCUGGCGCGUAUGAAAGAGUACAACAAGGUCUGGUACAAGCAGAACCGUGAUAAAGUCCUUGCCCGGCUCAAGGAAUACCGCAAGCAGAACCCGGAAAAGGAGGCCAAGUGGGUCAAAGAGUACCGACAGCGCAACAAGGACAAGAUCAACCAGCGAAAGCGGGACCGGUACUCCAAGCAAAAGCAAACAACAACGCCAACACCACCGUCGGACGAAGUGCCACGUCAGCCCAUGGCCCUUGAGUUUGUACUCAAUGGCCAUCAUCAGUCGUGGCUACCCCCCCCACCGGCAGAGUACUUUUCUACCCCCCCUCCUCCCCCCAAAACGAGUUUGUCGUUUUUACUCAACGCGUAAUACAGAGACGUUAGGUAUUACUAGUAGUACGUAGUAGUCGUGUUGUCAGUUUGAAGUGGAGUAAAAUACUUGACUGUUUGGUUGUGAA